UUUCUUCUAUAAAAGGCCGCACAUAACCCUAAAACCCUAGCGGUGUUAUUCCACUCGACCCCUCAGGCGCAGCUAAAGGUGAGAUGGCUCCAAAGCAGCCUAAUACUGGCCUCUUUGUAGGGUUGAACAAAGGUCAUAUUGUAACCAAGAAAGAAUUACCUCCACGCCCAUCGGAUAGGAAAGGAAAAACCAGCAAGAGGGUCCAUUUCGUAAGGAACUUGAUCAGGGAAGUUGCUGGUUUUGCACCAUAUGAGAAGAGAAUCACUGAGCUUCUCAAAGUUGGGAAGGAUAAGCGUGCACUGAAAGUAGCAAAGAGAAAGCUGGGUACUCACAAGAGGGCAAAGAAGAAGCGUGAGGAGAUGUCUAGUGUUCUCCGCAAGAUGAGGUCUGGUGGAGUUGGGGAGAAGAAGAAGUGAAGGCAGCAUUUGGUUGCUGUUAAAUACCCAAAUGAAGACAUGAUCCAGGAUGCAUUAGUUAAAUGUUUUUUUUUGGUUAAUUUAUUAUGUUUCUUUUCUUGAGACCAAUAUUAUGCUCAAAAUCUUAUUGUUGUUUUGAACCGAAAAAGGAUAAGACAUUGUAUUUUCCCUGUUUCAUGAGCCAGAAUUUUGAUUUGACUUCAUUUUUCUGCUAGGAUGGAAUGAAUAUUUGAUCUUUUGUCUGAAUGUCAAGGGUAUGGAUGAAUUUUCUGU